GUUUGAAUUCGUGACAGUCAUAAAAUUCCAGUAAAAAAUGGCGCCGCCGGUAUCAUCUGUCUACGAUUUGGCUUAUCGAGGCAAAACAGAAGCCGUAAAAAUACUAAUCAAUGAAAAUCCAAAACUCAAAACAGACACGGACGCGAAUGGCAGGAUGCUCAUUCAUUGGGCUGCUUUAGGGGGACACGACGAUCUGGUCUCUUAUCUUCUGUCGCUAGGUUUCCCAACGGAUCCAAAAGAUGAUAUGGAAAUGACACCCCUGAUCCUGGCGGCUUCGGGAGGUCGUGAUAAAGUGGUGAACCUACUGUUAAACCAAGGGGCUAAUGUAAACGCUCAGACGAACGAUGGUCAUUCGGCGCUUCAAUAUGCAGCUUCGAAAAAUUGGAAAACAAUAUGCGCCGCGCUGCUUGAACAAAACGCAGAUAUAAAUAUUGCCGACAAGCGGGGAUCAACGCCUCUUCACCGAAGCGCGACGAAAGGAAAUUUGGCGAUCGUGAAACUUCUCCUAGAGUACGGAAAGCAGCUGAAAAUUGAUCAGAGAGAUGCAUAUGGCAACAGCGCAUUACAUUUGGCAUGCGAAGAAGACCGACAAGAAGAAGCCAAAUUAUUGGUUUCAAACGGUGCCUCUAUUGAACUGACAAAUAACGACCGUAAAACACCCCUGGAUUUGUGUAAUGUAGUAUUCGCCAGACAGCUGAAAGAACUUCACGAUAAAACCUUACCGGUAUGAAAAAUGAGGAGAUGAAGUAAAGAUCGGCGAUGUGCUAUAACUUAUGGAUAAAAUUGAAUUUAAAGUAUUGAUGUGUCAAGAUUCGCAUAAGAUUGUACUUAUAGUAAUUAAGCUUUACAUGAUAUAAGUUUGCUACAACCUAUGCAUACCUUGGUCCAUAUAUGUAUGUAACUCGUGACAAAUAAGAGCAUCGUUUUCUUUUUUCAUUACAAAUUUUAA